CUACAGACUCCAAUUAUUCAAUCUCCAAUUUUCUUUUUUAGUCAAUCUGAAAACACAUAGUCUGUGUCUAUAUCUUUGCUUUGCAGGAUUGUUAUUAAGUACUCCGUAAGAGUUUUUUCUUCAAUCUUCACAAAAAAAGGGUUUCCAAUUUCAAUUCGAACACUCAUUGCUGGAGAUGGCUUCCAUCACAACACCCUUACCCAAAUGCCGGAUUCUUUUUGCCAAUACCCAAAUUACAUCACUUAAUAACCCUAAAACCUCGUUUCUGCAAACACCCAUUUCCAGAAACAGUCAAAAAUCAAAUCUUUCCUUGAGAAGAUCUAAGGCGGCGGUGGUGGUUUCUGCAACAGCUGCCGCUGAGAAGCCGAAGAAAAGGUACCCCGGGGAGGCGAAGGGGUUUGUGGAGGAGAUGAGAUUUGUGGCCAUGAAGCACCAUACGAGGGACCAGGCAAAAGAAGGGGAAAAGGAGCCUGAAGGUCAGCCUGUGGCUAAAUGGGAGCCAAGUGUUGAAGGGUACUUGAAGUUCUUGGUGGACAGCAAAUUGGUUUAUGAUACUCUUGAGAAGAUUGUAGGGAAAGCUCCUUUUCCUGAUUAUGCUGAGUUUAGAAAUACUGGGUUGGAAAGGUCGGAGAGUUUGGUAAAAGAUCUGGAGUGGUUCAAACAACAAGGUCAUGCCAUCCCAGAGCCAUCUGAACCUGGUCUCAACUAUGCCCGGUAUCUUGAAGAGCUAUCGGAAGACGACCCUCAAGCCUUCCUUUGCCACUUCUACAACAUAUAUUUUGCACAUACAGCCGGGGGCCGCAUGAUUGGGAAGAAGGUAGCAGAAAAGAUACUGAACAAGAAAGAGUUGGAGUUUUACAAAUGGGAGGGUGACAUUUCCCAACUUCUGCAGAAUGUCAGAGACAAGCUUAAUAAAGUUUCUGAAAACUGGACGAGAGAGCAGAAGAACCAUUGUUUGGAGGAGACCGAGAAGUCGUUCGAGCUCUCUGGAGAUAUUCUGCGCUUGAUACUCUCGUAAUUCAAGCAAAGCAAACAAGGAAAACUGUGCCUCAAGACAAGGCUUAGGGCGUGUUUGGUUUUCAGCGUUUAACCCCUCAAAACAUUUGACAUUUUGAGCUGAAAUACAAAUGAAGCCUCAAUGUACAUUCCUCUAGCUGAUGAUGAACUUUGAUAUGCAAAUUUGGUUUGGAAAAAAAUAAGAACAUAUUUAAACCUUAUUAUGCUCCUUAUAUAUUUGCCUUUGUUUGUGUGUUUGUUGUUGCCAUAUGAGGUUUAUGUCUUCUCAAAUGUAACCAUAAGAUGAAGGAGGGUGCGGUUUAAGUGAGAAUGAACCUACUGCGUGAAU